UUUCUUCAUUACCGGCAAAGUCAAAAUAGAUGUGACAGAUGUAAAAUUGGUUAUCUAAUUUUAAUUUAUUAAAAAAUCUGUUUAGUAUGCUCUAAAUAACACAAAAAUAAUAGGAAAAAGGCACUCAUAUGGAGCAUUUAUUGAGAGGACAUUUUGGUCGAAUUGUAAUAAGUACAUAUUCACAUACACCUUUAAAAUAUGGACCUCAAAGACGUUGUCAAAGAGGCAUUUGUAGUACAUGGAGUGGCAGAGCCCUCGACAGAUCCAAGCCCCUCUUAAAACAACAAUACUAUUACCAAAGGAGAGACUAUGGAAUGCUAGUAGUUAGGGCUAUUCGCGGAGUCUUAAAAAUUAGGUACUUGUUACUUGGCGGUGCUGUCGCUGGUGGAAGUGCAUUGAAUACGAAAUAUAAUGAUUGGAAAGAUGGGUUGCCUGAUUUAAAAUGGUUAGAUGAAGUUUUGCCCAAUAAUGAAAAAUGGCAGCAAUGGAGAAGUAACUUGGUAGAAUUUAAAGAUAAUGUGAAAAAUAACAUUGAAUUGGAUCCCAAACUCAAAGCACUUACAGGAGCAAAAUACAAUGAAUUAAAAUCAUGGUUUGAUCAGAGACUAGAUGAUGCCAUUGCUGCAACUGAAGCCCAAGAAGUUUCUUCUGCACCAAAAGAAGGUAUGUUCAGUGCUGUUUCCCAGUUUUUAUACAGACUGUACUCAGAAGCAAAAAAUGAGGUUAUGAAGAAGAGUAUAGUGCAUGCUGCAAAUCCUUUUAGUAGUGAUGAAAAGGCUAGAAGGGAAGCACAAGAGAGACUUAAUACUAUCCAAGAAGAAAUGAUGCAAACUCAAAUUAAAUACCAAAGAGAACUGGAAAGGCUAGAGAAGGAGAAUAAAGAAUUGAGGAAGCAAAAUUUGCUUUUAAAACAAGGAAAAAAACCUAACAUUAGAAAGAUUAAACGUAGUCUUAUAGAUAUGUACAGUGAGGUGCUUGAUGAAUUGGCAGACUUUGAUACUGGCUAUAAUACUCAGGAUCAACUUCCUCGUGUCGUUGUUGUGGGAGAUCAAAGUAGUGGGAAAACUUCUGUUUUGGAGAUGAUAGCACAGGCAAGAAUUUUUCCUAGAGGAGCUGGUGAGAUGAUGACUAGGGCUCCAGUGAAAGUGACGCUGUCAGAAGGUCCAUAUCACAUAGCACAAUUUAGAGAUUCAUCCAGAGAGUUUGAUCUCACCAAAGAGUCUGAUUUAGCUGAUUUAAGAAGAGAAGUGGAACUAAGGAUGAGAAAUAGUGUGAAAGGUGGAAAAACAGUGUCAUCAGAAGUGAUUUCUAUGACAGUCAAAGGUCCUGGUAUACAAAGAAUGGUGCUGGUAGAUUUACCAGGAAUCAUUUCAACACAAACCACAGAUAUGGCUGGAGACACAAGAGAAAGUAUCAAACUGAUGACCCAGAGUUAUAUGAAUAACCCAAAUGCCAUAAUUUUGUGUAUACAGGACGGAUCUGUAGAUGCAGAAAGAAGUAAUGUAACAGACCUAGUAGCUAGCUGUGAUCCCCAAGGAAAAAGGACAAUAUUUGUAUUAACUAAAGUAGAUAUGGCUGAAGAAAAUUUAGCAGAUCCUAAUAGAAUUAGAAAAAUUUUGUCUGGUAAAUUAUUCCCAAUGAAGGCUUUGGGAUAUUUUGCAGUUGUUACUGGAAGGGGUAGAAAGGAUGAUCCCAUUCAAACCAUCAAAGAUUAUGAAGAAAAUUUCUUCAGGGGAUCCAGAUUAUUCAAAGAUGGUGUGGUAAAAUCAACGCAAGUAACCACUCGAAAUUUGAGUCUUGCAGUGGCAGAUUGUUUCUGGAAAAUGGUAAAAGAAACUGUUGAACAGCAAGCUGAUGCUUUCAAAGCAAGGAGGUUCAACUUGGAAACGGAAUGGAAGAAUAAUUUCCCUAGGCUGCGCGAACAGGACAGGGACGAACUUUUCGAAAGGGCUAGAACUGAAAUUUUGGAUGAAAUUGUUAAUUUGUCCCAAGUUAGUCCUAGACAAUGGGAAGAAACUUUGUUGACAAAUAUUUGGGAAAAAGUUUCUUCUCAUGUAUUUGAGAAUAUUUAUAUUCCUGCUGCCCAGACUGGAUCUUCAGAGACGUUUAACACUGCUGUUGACAUAAAACUCAGACAAUGGGCAGAUACGGCUCUUCCUUUGCAAUCAGUUCAAUCGGGCUGGGAAAGUCUUAAGGCAGAAUUCGAAAGUUUCAUGGCAAAGGCCGCUGAAGCUCCGUUCCACGACGACCUUUUCGAUCAACUCAAAGAAGCGGUAGUAAAUGAAGCUAUGAAACGGCAUUCGUGGGAAAACAAGGCUCCAGAAAUGCUUAGGGUAAUACAACUCAAUACUCUAGAAGACAGAACCAUAGGUGACAAGAGAGACUGGGACCAAGCAGUAAAAUUUUUAGAAACCGGUAUUAGAGAAAAGCUGAGAGAAAGUGAAUCUAUACUGAAACAACUAUUAGGACCAUCAAGAAAGGAACGAUGGUUAUAUUGGCAGUAUCAGAGCGAUGCACAUGCUAAAAGAAGGAGUAUUAAGAAUGAAAUAGAUAAUAUUUUAUAUUCUAAUGACAAACAUCCGCCUAUCUUAAGCUACGACGAGCUAACAACUAUAAGAAACAACCUGCAACGUUCAAACGUAGAAACUGAUAACGAAUCUAUAAGAGAAGUAUGGGACGCCGUAUAUAGAAGACAUUUCCUAAAUAAAUCACUAACAAAGACUUAUGACUGCAGAAAAGCAUUUUUCCUCUACCACCAACAAGCCAGCGACGUAGAUUGUUCCGAUGUGGUCUUGUUUCAUAGAAUACAACAAAUGAUGAAGGUCACAGCUAAUGCUCUUCGGCAGCAGAUUACAAACAGAGAAGCUAGAAGAUUAGAUAAAGAAAUUAAAGAGGUAUUGGAAGAUUAUAGUCAAGAUAAUGAAAAGAAAAUACAGUUACUUACAGGAAGGAGAGUGACACUAGCAGAAGAAUUGAAGAGAGUACGACAAAUCCAAGAAAAACUAGAAGAAUUUAUACAAGCACUAAACAAAGAAAAAUAAUGCUUAGAUUGUUUGUUUUUAAGGUUCAAUUUUUUUACUUAUUAAAGUGUUAAUUCCACCUAGAACAAAUAUUUUUGACUGUUUUCGUUGUGAAUACCUAGAAUGAGAAAACCAUUUAAAUAACUCAAAAACGUACCUACUUUUAAAUAUUUAUAUAUUUUUUACAAAUUUCACUAUUUGGUAUAAUUUUUUUCAGUAAUUUUUCAGCUUAUAUGGCCCG